AUGUCAUAUGCUUUGAGUGAUCCGAGUGACAGCUGUUUUCAGCAGAAAUGCCAACACACCCAUGGGGACCAUUGUUUUCAAUGUGAAGCGCUUGGUACUGUUCUAGAGGAGAUUCAAGUGGCUGUUGAAGAAGCUUCUUUUCACACGAAAGAUGAUCAUGACGAAGCCACAUACUUGGUAAAACACAGCAGGGACCUUAUUCAUGCCUGGAAGGCUCACCAGCUCCGUACAGUGAGGCAAGACCAGUCUAGAUUGAAGAUUCUCAGAGAGCUAGAUAGUGGUUCAGUCUUUAUUACCCAGGACUGGGCCAUGAAAUUUCUACCGCGCAAGUACCGUGAAUCUCAAUCAGACUGGUUUGGUAAGCGCGGCAUCUCUUGGCAUAUAUCCGUUGUCGUCAGCCGCCGAGCUGACCAGUUUGAGUCACAAGGAUUUGUACAUAUUGUCCAGAACUGCACCCAAGGAAGUUCCGCUGUGGUCUCCAUUAUGGCACAUAUCCUUAGAACUUUGAAAUCAGAGCAUCCAGAAAUCAAUCAAGCAUUUUUUCGUCAAGACAACGCAGGGUGCUACCAUAGCACUUAUACUAUAUUGUCAGUGCCCACAAUAGAAAAAGAAGCAGGAAUUCGCGUUGCUGAGAUAGGCUUCUCAGAUCCCCAGGGCGGAAAAGGGCCUGCUGAUCGCAUGGCUGCAACAAUUAAAGGACACAUAACACGAUUCAUAAAUGAGGGGAACAAUGUUACCAAUGCGAAGGAAAUGGAAAACGCGAUUCUAUCCCAUGGGGGUCUACCUGGGAUUCGUGUAGUGAUGUUAGACAGUCUCGGGGAACCCGAAACUGUUCCCGCAACGCAACAGAAGAUUACUGGCAUAAGUAAACUGAACAACUUCAGAUUUUAUCCCGGUGAAAUGAGGGUGUGGCAGGCAUUUGAUAUAGGCCCCGGCAAAUGCAUUUCUUUGGAAGGAACAAAUGGUAAACCUUACGUUAUAUUCUCUGUGCAGUUUCUAGUUAUAAUGUAGCAUGAUCUCUCUUUAGUUUUGAGACUGAAAAAUUCAGCGAGGGAAAGCUUGAAAUCAAGAUCACUUGAAAACAUCAUGCUUGGCACCAGUUUUUGUUGUAAAAUUUAUUUCAAGAUUUGUUUUAGUUAAAACACUAUACUGGAAAAAGAAACUUUUACUUGAUUUAGGUAGCAGUUCACAUGCUGCACCUAACGCAGGGGCGGAUCUAGGGGGGGUGCAGGGGUGCGCACCCCUCCCCUGAGAUGACCUGCGGUUUUCUAAUACAACUGAUAUUCUGCCAAAAAAAAAAAAAUAUGUGGUUUAUUGGGGUUGAAGAAGAGCAAGAGACGAGUGCACCCCCUCCUAAAAAAAUCCUGGAUCCGCCCCUGUAACGCUAUUUUCGCAAUGUGAGACGCACGAAAUCUCGCUCUGGAUAAUGUUUAGGUAUGUUUGGUUUUGUCGUUAAUCUUUUCAGUGACAUGUUAUUAUUUUCCACAGAACGCCAUUACCAGAAUAUUUCGGUUACUUUUCCCCUCGGAGAAUUUAAGGAGAUCGCCCCAAGGAGAAAACUUAAAGAACCUACUAAAACUUCCACAGCGGAUCUCGCAGAAGAAGAGGACUAUGGCCGUGAAGCAAAAAGCGAUGAUCAAGUGUUUCCAUGUCCAAAAGAGGGCUGCACGCGCAGUUUCCAACGGCACUGUUCUCUAGAAAAGCAUCUCGCGUUCGGAACAUGCACAAAGAUCGUUGAAAGGGAGACACUUCUUGAUAAAGCGAAGGUUAAAUAUGCUGCAAGGCUCGAGGAAGGUUCAAGUUCCGUGCCAACUAUUCCUCUACCUCCUGAAACCUGUCCUCGUAACACUGGAUAUGUAACACCGCCUGAAGGCUUCGCUUUAAAACAAGUAAAGAAAGCUUACCGGUUUAACGAAAAGCAACGAGAGUAUCUGACUGCUAGAUUUACCAUCGGACAAGAAAGCGGAAAGAAGGUCGACGCGGAAAUUGUUGCAACAGAAAUGAGAAGAGCAAAGGGAUUGAACGGGGAGCGCUUGUUCAGUGUCUCUGAGUUUUUGACAACUCAACAAGUAGCUUCAUUUUUUUCAAGAAUGGCAGCAAAAGUGAAACAACAGACGGCCCCCUGCGCACAAGCUGUAACUGAGCAAGAUCUGCUUGCUAUGGAGGAAGAAUUUAAUUUAUCAAAUGCUAAGGAGUCUGUUUUUGAGCAGUUAAAUGUAACUCAUCCUAUUCAUUACCAACAGUACAACAUCUGUUCCAUGGUCAAGAAUAGCACCCUCAAAAAUCUCAAACUUGCAAUCUUAAAACUCCUUUGCGAGUGUUUCAAUCUUGCAUUACCAUCUGGUGUUGACCAGAGAAAAAAGACCUCUUACAUCGCUCUCCUCGAAGACCUUGUAAGAUGCUGCUCUUGCAGUGCAGUUUGA